AUGGCUCUACAACAAUCAGAGCAAGAUGUGCCAAUGCAAGAAUCAGAAUCUACAUUUUCUCAAUUGAGCAAACAAAACUCAAUACUUUCACUUACCCUUGAUGAGUUCAAAUGCAAGAGUGGAAAGAGUUUUGGGUCCAUGAACAUGGAUGAAUUCUUGUCAAGCAUUUGGAACUCCGAUGAUAACCAAGUUAAUCCACUACAAGCCCAAAAUGAAACUCCUCAGAGUAGAAGUGUUGCUACAGAACCCACCAUUUCCCAUCAUGGCUUAUUCUCUGUCUCUCCUCCAAUUUGCAAGAAAACUGUGGAUGAAGUAUGGUCUGAGAUCCAUAAAGACCAACCACAAAAGAAUGAAGCUAAUAAUAACCUUGGCAGGAAUGAGAAACUCAAAAGGCAACAAACACUUGGAGAGAUGACUUUGGAGGAUUUCCUAAUAAAAGCUGGGGUGGUACAAGAAUCAUCAUUAUCAUUCAAGUCUUCACCUCAACCAAUGCCAUUUCAGAAUCAGAUUGGUAAUAUUGCAAUUAAUACACCAUUGAGUGCAUGUUAUGAAUUGAGGCCUUCAAUGGGGACCCAACAUAAUGUAGUGUCACAGAAUAAAAGUUCAGUAAAGGAUGCCACUACAAGUUGUGCUGUAGAGAAAUGUCAAGAGUCAAGUAGGAGUAGUAAUAGAAAGAGGAUAAUUGAUGGUCCUCCUGAAGUGGUAGUGGAGAGAAGGCAACGCAGAAUGUUGAAGAAUCGAGAAUCAGCAGCACGUUCCCGAGCUAGAAGACAGGCAUAUACGGUAGAGCUAGAAGCAGAGCUGAAUCUGCUAAAAGAAGAGAACGACAAACUAAAACAAAUUCUGGCUGAAGCUGAGAGCAAGAGAAAACAAGAGCUUUUGCAGAGAAAGCAUUCAACAAAGGCUCAAAGGAGGGUAGAAAAAUUGAGGUCAAUGAAGAGGCCUAUAAGCGCAGCCUGGUGA